CUGAUCUACCAGGGGAGAGUCCUGCAGGAUGAGAGGACGCUGACAGAUUACAAUGUGGGUGGGAAGGUCAUCCACCUGGUGGAGCGGGCCCCCCCGCCCCCCUCCCAGCCGGGCUCCGGGUCGGGGGGCUCCUCGGCCGACAGCGGGCCGUCCUCCUCCUCCCCUGGAGCCCCGCAACCGCCUCCCCACGACCGAAACGCCAACAGCUACGUGAUGCUGGGCACCUUCAACCUGCCCGUCAACAUCAUGGACCCCCAGCAGAUUCAGGCCGUCACGUGGUCUCGGUACCGGGAAACGUCCCGCACAAACACGCAAACAAACAGCAAAACUAAACGCAUCCGCGUGCGCACGCGCGUGCACGAGGGCCCACGCGCGUGCACGAGGGCGCCCUCACCUUGCAGAGCCAGCAGCAGCAGGAGGGUCGGCGGCAGCAUCCCGACGCCGGAGAGACGCGCACGGACUCACGAACACGGAGAGGAGCUCCCGCACGGUGUGAGGGGCUGUCCGCCGGCGGGCGGGGUCUGUGGGAAGCCGAUCGCUUUCCUCCGGUCUGGUUUCAGUCUGUGA